AGAGAGAGGUGCGCUGGUGGGACGAUCCUGCCAAGCACGUACCACCCCGCGCGUACCUAUUUAUUGGCAAGGCCACGCCAGCGGCGCGCCAGUGCGCAGACGACGGUCGGACGCGCUGUAUCUGCUACUACUGUGACCACCGCGCAGCCGCAUACACGUCCGCGCUCAAAUAUUAUGAUCGAUUGAUAAAAACGGACAUUUCAGUUCAGUUCCUUUUAUUUGUUUAUUUAUAAAAGGUUCACUAUGAUUUCGAUACUAUCAAAUUCUAAACUUUUGUGGGGACUAUGUCAAGUGGUGAACUACUGUGUGGCGCCUACGUCGCUGCCGCUGCUGCUGGCGGCAUGUGCCGCUCUGCUAGCCGCCCGGCUGGCGCAGCUGGUGCAGGAAGCCCGCAAGCUGCCGCCGGGUCCGUGGGGCCCGCCGGUCGUCGGCUACCUGCCUUUCCUUGGCGUGCGCCACAAGACCUUCCUGGAGCUUGCGCGUAGCUACGGCGCGCUGUUCUCUGCGCGCCUAGGUAACCAGCUCACCGUCGUGCUUAGUGACUAUCGGCUCAUCAGAGAAGCUUUCCGGCGGGAAGAAUUCACCGGGCGCCCCAGCACGCCCUUGAUGCAUACUUUGGACGGUCUUGGUAUCAUCAACAGCGAGGGCCGCCUCUGGAAAAGUCAGCGCCGUUUCCUCCAUGAAAAACUACGCGAGUUCGGAAUGACCUACAUGGGAAACGGCAAAAAAAUCAUGGAAGCCAGAAUUAAGAACGAAGUGCAUGACCUGAUAUCCAAUCUACACAAUUCAGAGUGCUCUCCAAUUGAUCCUAAUCCGCUCUUGGCUCUUGGCGUAUCCAACGUAAUCUGCGGAAUAACGAUGUCCGUCCGCUUCAGCCAUGGGGACACGCGUUUCACCAGACUGAACCAUUUAAUCGAAGAAGGGAUGCGACUUUUCGGAGAAAUCCACUACGGCGAGUACAUCCCCCUUUACAACUAUUUACCCGGUAAAGCCCAAGCUCAAGUGAAAAUUAUGCAAAAUCGCGACGAGAUGUUUGCAUUUUAUCAAACACUAAUUGAUGAACAUCGCGCUACGUUGGAUCUUGACAACGCACGAGACCUCAUCGAUGUUUACCUGAUCGAGAUCGAGAAAGCAAAGCUCGAAGGGAGAGCCGGAGAAUUGUUCGAAGGACGAGAUCACGAAUUACAAUUAAAACAAAUCCUGGGCGAUCUAUUUUCUGCGGGAAUGGAAACGAUUAAAUCAUCCCUAUUGUGGAUGCUCGUGUUCAUGCUCAGAAAUCCAGAAGUCAAAAGACGAGUUCAAGAGGAACUCGACGCUGUGGUUGGUCGGGGGCGACUACCUACCAUCGAAGACAUGCCAAAUUUGUCGUACACUGAAACCACCAUCUUGGAGACUUUGAGAAUGUCGAGCAUUGUCCCUCUUGCUACGACUCAUUCACCAACAAAGGACGUUCAUCUGAACGGAUACAAAAUUCCGGCUGGAUCACAAGUUGUACCCCUCAUCAACUGCGUGCACAUGGAUCCCAAUCUUUGGGAUGAGCCCGAAAAGUUCAAUCCAGGCAGAUUCCUCGAUCAGGACGGAAAGAUCAGACGCCCGGAAUAUUUCAUGCCCUUCGGGGUGGGGCGGAGGAUGUGUCUUGGUGACGUGCUCGCACGCAUGGAGAUGUUCAUGUUCUUCGCGUGCGUGAUGCACCAGUUCGACGUGCAACUAGCGGAGGGCGCGGACUCGCCAUCACUGGAAGGUACUGUGGGUGCUACUAUCGCUCCGCAAGCCUUCCACCUGCGGUUUAUCCCGCGCUCACCACCCGCGCCGCUGGUUCCGGUCGUGCCCGACCACCCGCAUCUGCGCCACGUCGGUGCGCACUAAACCCCGAUGAGUAAUUAGAUUCCAAAAAAAAAACAAUUAUGUGACACUGUCAUUAAUAAGAGUCAAUAAUAACAGUGACUUAUAAUAUAGUCAGUGACGUUAUUGAUUCUUAAAAUCAGAAUUGAUGACCAGUGCAAUAUGCAAAUUUUGUCCCAGCAAAGAAUUUUCAUUUCAUAUUUAUAGUGUUUAUGUACAAAAAGCAAUUCAGAAAGUGGGUUUCAAUUGUGUCUAUAUUAAUUUAUUAUCUAAGCCGAAAAUGUAUUUAUGUAUUCGUUGUAUUUGUUGGCAUAUAUUAGUCUCAUUGCGAGGCUCCGGA